CUGGAAGCGUGUUGAACUAGCUGGUGGACGGGCAAGUGCAGCAGGAAAAGCAGCUUCUGGGAAGCAGCAAGAAGCACGAGUAAAAAAUGGCAUUUCGUAAGGUAGUAAAAGGAACUGUUCUCAUUGGAGGAGGUGCCAUAGCAACAGUUUUUGGCCUCUCUCAGUUUUCUCAGUAUAGAAACAAACACGAUAACUUUAUGUAUGUUCAAGCAGCAGAACCUGUGAACAUACCAAUGAAAAAUCACUUUCCUACAAGAGAAGAUCAGUUCCUGGCUCUACAAAACACAAGCGAAUUUGAUGUGCUUGUUAUAGGAGGAGGAGCAACAGGAUGUGGCUGUGCGUUAGACGCUGUUACGAGAGGACUAAAAACAGCUCUUGUAGAAAGAGAUGAUUUCUCAUCAGGGACCAGCAGCAGGAGCACUAAAUUGAUCCAUGGUGGAGUGAGAUAUCUUCAGAAGGCCAUCAUGAGGUUGGAUUUCGAGCAGUACAGGAUGGUAAAAGAAGCACUUCAUGAGCGUGCCAACUUGCUCGAAAUUGCUCCUCACUUAUCUGGUCCUUUACCGAUAAUGCUUCCUGUUUACAAAUGGUGGCAGUUGCCAUACUACUGGGUGGGAAUAAAACUAUAUGACCUUGUAGCUGGAAGUCAGUGUCUGAAAAGCAGCUAUGUGCUCAGCAAGUCAAGAGCCUUGGAACUCUUUCCAAUGCUACAGAAAGACAGGCUUGUAGGAGCUAUUGUCUACUAUGAUGGACAACACAACGAUGCACGAAUGAACCUUGCCAUCGCCCUCACUGCUGCCAGGUAUGGUGCUGCCACAGCCAAUUACACUGAAGUGGUGCACUUGCUGAAGAAGACAGAUCCAAAGAGCGGGAAGGAGCGUGUCUGUGGCGCACGAUGCAGGGAUGUUCUUACAGGGCAGGAAUUUGAUGUCAAAGCCAAAUGUGUUAUCAAUGCUACAGGACCUUUCACAGACUCUGUGCGCAAAAUGGAUGAUCAGGAAGUAUCAAACAUCUGUCAGCCAAGUGCAGGCGUGCAUAUUGUGAUGCCUGGUUAUUACAGCCCCGAUAACAUGGGGCUACUUGACCCAGCCACUAGUGACGGACGAGUGAUUUUCUUCCUGCCAUGGGAAAAGAUGACUAUUGCCGGAACCACAGACACUCCAACUGAGGUCACACCUCACCCAAUACCUACAGAGGAAGAUAUUAACUUUAUUUUGACUGAAGUGCGCAACUAUCUGAGUUGUGAUGUUGAAGUGAGAAGAGGAGAUGUCUUGGCAGCAUGGAGCGGCAUUCGUCCUCUUGUCACAGAUCCCAGCUCUAAAGACACCCAGUCAAUAUCUCGGAAUCACGUUGUUGCUGUUAGUGACAGUGGCCUUGUUACUAUAGCAGGUGGGAAAUGGACAACUUACCGCUCCAUGGCACAAGAUACCAUUGAUGCAGCCAUCCAGGCUCACAACCUAAAGGCAGGUCCAUGUAAGACGGUAGGACUUUUACUGCAGGGGGCUAAGGACUGGAGUCCUACUCUUUACAUUAGGCUGGUCCAAGAUUACGGACUGGAAAGUGAGGUGGCUCAGCACCUUGCUUCUACAUAUGGUGACAAGGCUUUUGAGGUGGCCAAAAUAGCCCAAGUUACUGGAAAGAGGUGGCCUAUUGUUGGAAAACGCCUUGUAUCUGAAUUUCCUUAUAUUGAAGCUGAGAUUAUGUAUGGGGUAAAAGAGUAUGCCUGCACUGCAGUGGAUAUGAUUUCACGUCGCACUCGACUGGCCUUCUUGAACGUGCAAGCCGCUGAUGAAGCCCUACCAAGAAUUAUUGAUAUAAUGGGGAAGGAACUUCACUGGAGUGAACAGAAGAAAAAGGAAGAACUUGAAUCUGCUAAAAAGUUUCUGUAUUAUGAAAUGGGCUACAAGGCAAAAUCAGAGCAAUUAACAGACAGCUCUGAAAUCACUCUUAUACCUUCAGAUAUUGACAGAUAUAAAAAGAGAUUCCACAUGUUUGAUAAAGAAAAGAAAGGCUUUAUUACCAUACUGGAUGUUCAAAGUGUGUUAGAGAGCAUCAGCAUUCAAAUUGAUGAAAAUACGCUUCAUGAGAUUUUAAAUGAGGUAGAUUUGAACAAAAACGGGCAGGUUGAACUCAAUGAGUUUUUGCAGCUCAUGAGUGCUAUUCAGAAAGGAUAUGUGUCUGGAAGCCGAUUGGCUGUACUUAUGAAAACUGCUGAAGAGAACCUACGUGAGAGAGUUGUUAUUCCAGUAGACCGAAGUGGUGGUGGACUGUGAGUUUGAGAAGUACAAAACCUGCUUACAGCUACAAGAUAGUUUGUCUAUGUGUAGCUGCCUCGUUCAGUGCUGAAAAAUAUUCCAAUGCUUUCAAAUGUCUGUUUAUUCUACGUGAUCUGUAUCUGGCGGUCAGGGUAUACAAAAACACACUGAUACAUUUAUCUUUUCCUUAUUUUCUUUGC